AAAAUAGUAAAACAUUCAGCUGUUUGAAAAUGUCAAUUUAUUGAAAUCUUUCAACAGAAAUAUUUGUUGUAAAUUUAAUCUAAAUGUUUACUAAUUAAGUGUAUUAUUUUUAUUAAUCAUCAUGGGAAAAUUUUUGUCAAAAAUUUUUGGCAACAAAGAAAUGAGAAUAUUAAUGCUUGGUUUGGACGCUGCCGGUAAAACCACUAUCCUGUAUAAAUUAAAGUUAAAUCAAUCUGUAACAACCAUUCCAACUGUCGGCUUCAAUGUAGAAACUGUGACUUAUAAAAAAGUUAAAUUCAGUGUAUGGGAUGUUGGUGGCCAAGAAAAAAUUAGACCUCUUUGGAGGCAUUAUUAUAUAGGAGCUCAAGCUUUAAUUUUUGUAGUCGAUUCAUCUGAUCGCGACAGAAUAGAAGAAGCAAGACAAGAACUAUACCGAAUUGUAAACGAUAGAGAAAUGAGGGAUGUUAUUAUUUUAAUUUUUGCCAAUAAACAGGAUCUCCCAGAAGCUAUGAAACCUCAAGAAAUUCAAGAUAGAUUAGGGUUGACAGCUUUAACCAAAAGAAGCUGGCAUGUUCAAUCAUCUUGUGCGACAAGUGGAGAUGGAUUAUAUGAAGGUUUAACCUGGCUGAUGGAUAAUUACAAAUCCUGAGGUUAUUUCUAGGAUUAAAUUGUUGAUUAGAAAAACAAAUUAUAUUCCAUUUUUUCUCUCUUAAUUGAGCCUCCACUAAAAAUGAACGCAAGAACAAAACAACACAAAAGAAAACACUCCAAAACCGACAUUAGCUGAGACAACUCAUUUCAACUUUACUUAACCACCAAUAUUGUUACCCUUGAACUAUUUGAUAAUUCAAAGUUUUCUCAUCAUCUUUCAACUAUCAACUAAACUUUUCUCUUUCCCCAUUUUUUCAAUGAGGAAAUACUGUUUCCAUAUCAUUAGAUGCAAUGUCCGUCUAAACGAAAAGAAUUUCUCUUUUUUGCCUUUUUCAUUCCUUCAGUUUUUUUUAUUUACUUUUAAUUUCAAUUCGAGAAAGUUAAUACUCUAACUUGAAAUUAUGAAAACCUCUUUUGAUUCGAGAAAAAAAUCAGAGACUUUAUUUCAUAUUAAAGCUUUACUAACAGCUUCAAUUCCUGAUUGAGCUUUAUUCUGAUCCCUGAA